AGGUGCUUGGCGAGGCACUCAUGUCCUUGGCGGGCAUUUGAUUCACCGAGGAAACACUAGUUCAUCGGCAGCUUCCGGUUCUCGCUGAGGCGGCCUGAGCACAGACAUGAUGUGCCCCAACACGCUCCAACACGUUCCGUCUUUGCAACCUACUGCGUGCAUCGCAUCGCACCGCUUCUCUAACAGACUGACCACAGCCAGAGCAGCAUGUCUGACGACUUACAAUCUCCCGCUAAGGGCUCGGAGACAUCGCUGACACCAGCUGUCGAGUCCGGCCGGAAAACGCAGUCAUGCGCUGAGUGUCGACGCCGACGAAUCCGCUGCUCUGGGCGGGUGGUCCCUUGCAGUCAAUGCGUUUACUACCAAGUGACAGAUCGCUGCCAUUACCCUCCCAGGAGAACUCGCCAGGCCCCCUCCGCCAAGGCGUACGCAGAGCUAUCCACUGCACACGAAAUUGCUCAGGGGAUAUUGGACAGACUCUUCCCAGGCUACUCCCUCGAUCGCCUGCAGUCUCAGUCUCGUCAGCAGCUGAUAGAUCUACUGGACAAGCAAGCAACUCCACCGACAGUGCCACAUCAGCCGACUCCUGCAACGUGCGACUCACAAGCAACAAGUAUCCUAGAUCUCGAGCCAUCUCCAUAUGAGGAGUUCGCAUGGGAUGAGUCCUCCCACGGCAAGCUCCAGGAACUGCAGUGUGAGGAUGAUGUCAACGGCAUGUCUAGCCUUUUCGAAGCUGGUGGACAUUCCUAUCUAGGCAUCUCGUCAGUGCCAACAAUCCUGCGUGUCAUGUCUCACACCUGCCUUGAGCUCAGACAGGCCGUGGAGUGCACACGGUCGACAAGGAUGGCAGGCGUGCCACCGGUGGCUGUGGGCUCUUCCACAUUGCCGCCGACAUUUGAUGAAACGUUACUCAUCGAUGCAUACUUCCGCAACGUCCAUGCCAUUACGCCGAUGCUGGAUGAGAUUGGCUUUCGCCAAUGUCGCGCUCAGGGUGGAGGAGUAGGUAAAGCCCGUGGUCCGUGGCUGGCCCUUCUCAACAUGGUCCUCACACUGGGGUACCUGGCGCUCAACGACGAUGGGCAAGAUGGCCACGUCUUCUUCUACAAGAGAGCGUCAGAGUACCUUGACAUAUCGUGCUUUGCUGCAGGACAUCUGUACACGCUUCAAGCCUUGAUCUUGUUUGGAGGGUACUACCUGCAUUAUCUGAAUAAGCCAAACAUGGCGAGCGCUGUCAUGGGUGCUGCUCACCGCAUGGCCUUGGCCAUGGGUCUCCAUAGGCUGCCACAGACAAGAAGCGUCGCUACAGAGGAUCACCUGGCAAUGGAAAGCCGGACGCGAACCUGGUGGUGUUUGUUCUUGUGACGUUCGG